AUGGCGAGAUACAAGGGGCUGUCGAUUCUAUCCUUAUUUGCGAUCUUUUCUUCAUUAGCGUCUGCCGAGCUAGACUGUUCUAAUAUUAAGGUCGAUGGAGUAAUGUGGAAUUUUGGCAAGCUUGGAGGUGCUCACUCGAUCUCGGAGACCGCCAGCAGCCAUGAAGGCUACAAUACAACGUACACACUUGACAUAUGCAAGCCGUUAACCAAGACUUUGUGUAAAAAGGGUGCUUUUGUCUGCGCUGUCAGGAAUGCAACGGAUAUAAAUGGAAUAGAACGAACCAUGGACGUGAUUGAUAUCGCUGGCAAUUUCGUUUUGAACAGCGGCAGGACACUUGAUCCUAUAUUCACACGGCUUAAGAAAGAGGAUCCGAAGACAGAAGGCCUGAAGAUGGAACUCCACGGCGGAAAACAUAAAUUUGGCAACUUGUUAAAGAGACAAAAGGCAGUGAUUACCUUGUUGUGUGACCGGGAACGAACUGGGCUGGAAGGUUUGGAAAGCUCCAAGCCGGACGGGGAUAAGAAAAAAGAUGGUGAAAAGAAAGACGAUGAUAAAAAAGAUAAUAAGGACAAGGAGGGCAAAUCCAAGAGAGAUGGCGAAGAAAAUAAGAAGAGCCUUAUUUUUAAAAGCUAUAACGAGGAGGAAGGCACCUUAGAUCUGGAGUGGAAGACGAAAUACGCUUGCGAGAACGUUGAAGACGGCGGUAGCGCACCAUCCGGCCACUGGGGAUUCUUCACCUGGGUUAUUGUUCUGUAUGUUGUUCUCGUUUCUUUACCCUGGUUGUCAGAGAGAGUGACUAACGUUUGA